UUCGAGCUCACACUUUCUUGUGACUCCUGGCAGCCUGGUACUUAGCUUGAAUUUAUUUUAAACUAAAAUGGCUAAAGUAAUUCUUCUUUUGUUUUUCGUUGUAAUUUUGGGGUGUAAAGGGUUGCCUUUGGAAGAUGAUGAUGUGGUCAUUGAAGCAGCGAAUAGCAUUGAUGAUAUUGAUAAUGAUGCUGAUGAUGUGAAGAUAAACUUAUCGCAUCUUGGAUCUCAACUUUAUGGUGUUCCUAAUAGUGAAAGUGGCGACGCAGUGGCAAAGUGGAACGAGUCUUCACCCAUGAAUCCUGAGGAAAUGGGAGAAUACGCAGAGGGUGACAUACUUAUUCCUCAGGUGGGCAGGAACGGGAUGAGAGAUGAGACCUCACGGUGGCCGAACGGCAUCAUACCUUACGUCAUCGAGGGAAGAUACAAUCAAGAACAACGCGACACCAUCAUGAAAGCCAUAGCUGACUACCAUCGCUUGACGUGCCUACGCUUCGUCCCGUACAAUGGUCAAAAGGACUACAUUACCAUACAAAGCGGCAAUACCGGGUGCUGGUCCAGCGUUGGAAGAAUUGGUGGGCGUCAAGAAGUGAACCUGCAGAACCCAGGGUGCGUGUCCAAGAAGGGAACGGUUUUACACGAGCUCCUACACGCUGUGGGUUUCAUGCAUGAGCAGAGCCGUCCAGAGCGCGAUGACUAUGUGGAUGUGCGGUACCAGAACAUCAAGUCAGGCUCGGAGAACAACUUCCAGAAGUCGAACCCCAAGCACACGAACGACUUCGGCGUGAGUUAUGACUACAACAGCGUCAUGCAUUAUUCCGAGUACGCCUUCUCGAGGAACGGAGGCAAAACUAUUGAGCCGAAGGUUGGUGGUGUGACCCUGGGCCAGAGAGAAGGUUUGAGUCGUGGGGACGUGAAGAAGGUUAACUCCAUGUACAACUGCCAGAAAGAAGAACCCCAGAGUGGCUGGCUCGGAGCUGUUUGGCAAGGAUUCUUCGGAUAGAGAACCUAUCAAGUAUUUUUAAAGUUACUUGGUGCUUGCAAAAGAUGACAAACAGAUUCCUGUUUGUCAAUAAAUAGUGAAAUAAACCAUAGUAAAUUAGGACACCUAACCAUAGACUUACUUAACCAUAGAAAAAAAAAUAAACCAUAGUGAAUUAGGUAUUAACAAAUUGAUUUAGCUGUUUAUUUGUUAAUUUAUUCAUGGAUAUGCAAGGAUCUAUUCAAUAAUAAUAAUGAUAGUUUCCCAGAUGAUGGUCGUAAGUGUUUAGUAGAAAAUUGUCAAAUUAAAUUGACCUUGCUCUUCGAUGAUAUCUCUCUUCUUCUCUUCUUUACAUCCUGUUACCCUCUGCUGGGGUGUAGGAUUCGAAUCAUAUUUCUCCAUUUACUCCGGUCUUGGGCAGUUUGAGUGACCUCCUCCCACCCCAUGUCUAGCACCC